AAAAAUGGAAACAAAAAUGCAAAAUUCCAUCAGAUACUCAACUAUUUCAACCACUAUGGAAAUUUCCGAAAAUGUUGAAGUUGGUAAAUUAAUUGGUCGUGGAGGACGUAACAUAAAACCCAUUGAAAAAGGGACUGGUACAUGCAUUUACAUUAAUACAGAAGUAAACCCUCGACAAAUUGAAAUUAAAAUAAAUAAAGAUUAUAAAUAUAAAGAUGAAAAUAUUUCGCUUUGGGAGUGGAUCGAUAAAGCGAUAUGUCAAAUAGACAAGUUACUAGAAGAUAUUGAAAUAAGAAAUCGAAAAAAAGAUAUAGAAAAAGAGAAAAAAAAUAGUAGAAUUUCAGAUAAUGGUAAUCAUCAACAUACAACAUCAAGCAACCAUAAAGAUAAUGAUCUGAAAGAAAAAAGAAAAGGAUUUAAACGAAGAAUGCCGAAUGCGACCAAAGCACGACAAUCACAAAAUAAGAAAAACAUUAGAAGAAAUGUUCCUGUAAAUCAGACGAAUUACAAUCGAUCUACUUAA